GUGUGUGUGUGUGUGUGUGUGUGUGUGUGUGACGCUGCCUUCCCCGCCUCUGCUCUCCAGGCGGCGCCUCCUCCUCCUCCUCCAAACAUGGCGCCGGCCCGCAGCUGUGCUGCCUCCCCGACAGACGACGCAGAGAGGGACAGAGAGAGGAGAAGAAGACGCGGGUAGAAACUCCUCAACGUCUUUUAAACUCUUGUAAACACGAGCAGGACUGGACUCUGGCGCUUUGAAGUGUCCGCCGGAGAUUUUACGCGCGGCUUUUGGAGACGUUGACGCGUCGGGCUGCGCGCGUGACGGAGAACCCACCUGUCGGACGAAGGUAGAUCUCGCUCCGUUUCUUCUAGGAUGUGAAUCUCCCUGAUUUAUGUGAAGUAACGGAGCAGACCGAGCGGAGCAGACGGGCAACUCGGGGUCAGAGCUGGCGCUGGUGAAGAACAUGUGCAGCCCUGUGAGGAGCGGGAACACCGCGGCUGUAAAGGACUGAGUCUUUCCAGGGAAAAAAACAACUUUUUCCACAGAGUGUUCCACGGCCGGAGGAUGGAUGGAGAACAUUCUGCGCUGUCAGGAGUGGAGAGGGAGAGAGACAAGCUUCCACCCAUUUACCACAGCUCGCCUCCAGCUGGUUUGGGGCGAGGAGCCAAGCAGCCGUUUCCAUCUCUGGGCACCUUCAUCUCCACACUGAGCCAGCGGAGGGAUGCAGGGGGGCGGGGCUUGGCGGGCACCCUGAGCGGCACCCUGGGGCUCAGGCACGGGAGAGAGCUGCCUCCGAUCUGCAGCGAUGUUCGUCAGAAGCAGCGCCUCUCCAUCGACACUCUGCCUCCAGAGGUCAAAGCUCCGUUCCCCUCUGACCCCAUCAUCCCCCUGCGCACCAAGACCACCAAGGAGUUUCAGGAGGACAUGGAGCGUGCCGUCCAAUCAGGGGACUGGAGGGAGGUCCGAGAGUUUUACCUGACCACUUUCGACUCCUUCAUAGAAAUCAAUGCUGCCUUCAAGCGAGAGGCGAACGGGUCAUUUAACACCAUAGACGACUCGGGAGUCAACGCCAAGUUUGUCAACGCCGUUUACGACGCGCUGCUCAGCACACCUCAGGACAUCCAGAAGUCGGUGUUGAAAGGGAUCAUCAACAGCCUGCUGAGGGAGUGGAAAGGGCCUCGGACGAAGGACGACCUGCGAGCGUAUUUCAUCCUGGUUCAGAACCCCCAGUACUCGAGCACCAGCACUUACGUGAUCUACGCUCACCUGCUGAGGCAGAUCGCAGCUUUGUCCGAGGCCGACCACCACUUCCUGGUUCACUGGCUUAAAAAGCUGUCAGCACGGCGCUUCAGGCAGCUGGUAGAGCGCCUCCUGCAGUUCAUCUCCACCCGUCUGUUUCCUGCAGAACCAGACGAACUUCCUCCUCUCGCCAAGUGCUCCUGGUGGAUUCCCUCCGCCACCAAAGUGCUCAGCCUCUUCAACGCAGCCAACAGCGUCUCCUCUCCUCCCAUCAUGCCUUUCACCGACUUCUACAACAUCACUCUUGAGCACAUCGACUUCAUGGAGGAGUACAGGACCUGGCAGAACUACGGCAACUCAAACAGAUUUUCCUUCUGUCAGUUUCCCUUCAUCCUCUCAACGGUGGUGAAGAAAGCCAUCAUCCAGAAAGACUCCGAGCAGCAGAUGAUCAGUCAGGCCAGGCAAAGCCUGGUCAGUAAAGUUUCUCGCAGGCAGAGAGUGGACAUGAACCUUCUGUUCCUCAACAUCAAAGUACGACGAGCGCAGCUCCUCAGCGACUCACUGGAUGAGCUGACGAGGAAGCGGUGCGACCUGAAGAAGAAGCUGCGGGUGACGUUUGUCGGGGAGGCGGGGCUAGACAUGGGCGGCCUGACGAAGGAGUGGUUCCUGCUGCUGGUGCGACAGAUCUUCCACACAGACUACGGGAUGUUCACCUACAUGAAGGACUCGCGCUGCCAUUGGUUCAGCAGUUGGAAGUGUGACAACUACUCUGAGUUCCAGUUGGUCGGGACUCUGAUGGGCUUAGCAGUUUACAACAGCAUCGCUCUGGACAUCCACUUCCCUCUCUACUGUUACAGGAAACUCCUCACUCCACCCACUGUACCAUGUGACCAGAAUGCCCUUGUCGGCAUGGCAACCGCCACCCUGGACGACCUGCAGCAGAUCAUGCCAGAGCUGGCUCACGGGUUGGGAGAGCUGCUGAGCUACGAGGGGAACGUGGAGGAGGAUUUCUACCUCACCUUCCAGGUGUUCCAGGAGGAGAUGGGCGUCGUCAAAUCCUACAACCUGAAGCCCGGUGGAGACAAAAUUCCUGUCACCAAGCAGAACAGGAAGGAGUACGUCCAGCUCUAUGUCGACUUCCUGCUGAAUAAAUCCAUUUAUAAGCAGUUUGCUGCCUUUUACCACGGCUUCCACAGUGUGUGUGCCUCUGACGCGCUCAUGCUGCUGCGGCCGGAGGAGGUGGAGAUGUUGGUGUGCGGCAGCCCGGAGCUCGACAUGAGCGCCCUGCAGAAAGCCGCUCAGUACGAAGGAUACGGCAAGACGGACUCCACCGUCCGGUGCUUCUGGGACGUGGUGUUGGCCUUCCCCCUGGAGCUGCAGAAGAAGCUCCUCCACUUCGCCACAGGAAGCGACCGCGUCCCCGUCGGAGGAAUGGCCGACCUCAACUUCAAAAUCUCCAAGAUCGACGUUCCGACCGACUGGUUGCCGAUCUCUCACACCUGCUUCAAUCAGAUCUGUCUGCCUCCGUACCGAACCAGGAAGGAGCUCAAACACAAACUCACCAUCGCCAUCUCCAACGCUGAGGGCUUCGGCCUGGAGUGACCGGCCUACACACACACACACACACACACACACACUCUCAUUCGCACUAUUAGCAAACGCUAGCUAUCUGUUCGCCACAGCUACCACAACGCGCCUUAUGUAUCUCUGUAGCGGGAAGGAGCUUCUAGCGUCAGACAUCAUGAUAAUGGACAUUGAUGCGGUUUGUUUCGGUACAUCGGGGGUCGGACUCGUCAAUUUGCCGAUGUUGAACUUUUCAAAUCUGCAGCAGGUGAAACGGGAGCUUCCUCCUGACACUAUAAAUUCUUUGAUUUGCACACGGACUGUGUUCGUCGAUUGUAAGACAGAACUGAAGGAAUAUAAACCAAGAAGAAGAAGAAGAAGUUCUCAUUUCAGUGACAGAUCACCUUCCAAAAACUUUACGGGUCAAAUUCAUAAAUGAUAUUUCAAAUGUUUCUGCUCUCGUACCACUGAAAACAUAUCACUCCUACUGGAUCAGGUCGUUCCCCCGGUCCUCGCUCUCUAAAACUUAUAUCACCAAAGUAAUUAAACUAUUCUUAAAAUAUAAAAUGCUGCUCGUUCUCUCAGGAAAUUAAGAUCAAUAUCAAUUAUUUUCCCACCUCUUACAUUAACCCUUGUGAGUUAAAAAAAAAUGCUCAAACUACAGUUUUUAAUCACCAACAUUACGUCAUUGAGUAUUCAGUAAGAAUUGAAUUUAAUUGUGAGCAGCAAUAAGAUCCAGUGCGAGUAAAAUAUGAAGGUAAAUGAACUGAAAUCUAAGAAUCUGAGUUUUGAGGUGAUGGGUUUGAUAUUUCUGACGUCAGCGCUUCGGUGACUGUUUAAAUAUAUUUGUAUGAAGACGUAGUAAAUGUGUUUUAUAUGGUUUUGCUUUGUUUGCAGCACACUGUCAGGAUAUAAAGCUUUGCUGGGAGAAGAAUAAUAUUGUGUAUCAUGAGAUGUAGAUUGUCUUGUGAAUAGUUUUCCUGUUGUUUUUUUGACAUUGCCGCCUGUUUCACUGAACAAAAGGCCGCAGCACAAAUGUUUUAAUGUUGUUUUGAAUGUUGUGAUAUUAUGACACAGCUGAUCCAGAGCUGUUGAUUUAUAGAUCAGUGUUUGGUUUGACGUUGUUUUUUUUAAUGUCGUGUCUUUGCUGCCGUCAGACGGAGAAACGAGCAGCAGACGCUGCAGCUCGAGUGUAGAACAGACGAUGAGAGUAGAAAAGUCCUGUUCUGUUAUUAACAUGUUGAUAAUCAUUGUGGUUAUUUGAAUAUUGAUAUGUUCCGGUUAUUGUGGCAAAGCCUUCACACACUAUGCUUGAGUUAAGAUGACAUUAUCGGACAAAUCUCAGAGACACAAACCCGCCACUCGUCCUCUGAAAAUCCAAAAUAACUCAUGUCUACCUCAUAAUGGCCCCGUGCUCACUGCUGCCACUGGUGGUCAAAAAUUAUAUUCUAGCAAUAUUUAAUUAAAUUAUAAUUUAAAUGUUCUGCUUUUCAAAACAAAUGGAAAAUAUUAUUGAUAAAUUGGUGAAAUAUGACUUGUGGCCACCAGAGGCAGCACCGUGCGCAACUCUGAAAAACAAAACUUCAGUAAUGGCGAUCUUAUCCUGUAGCAGAAGGUGUGGACAUAACAUUCAUUCUCAUCACAAUUUCCUGUUUGUCAGAUCAGAAAAUAUUAAAUUAAAGACUCCUAAGACCUGGAAGUAAAUUAGCAUUUUAGCAUUUUAGCACCUCUGGUUCCCUCGUCCUGAAGUCUCUGUGUUUUUAGUUAGAUGUCUGAAGUUUCUGUGUUUAACACAAGCUCGAGACAUUUUCACGUUUUAUUCUACGACAUAAAAUACGUCAGUAAGUUUCUUUAAGCAUAUCCGUCUGUAAAAAAAAAGGCCGGUUGCUAACGAGUGUCUAAAUGAGACGACAGAGCUAUCUGUAGGUUCUACUAUUGCUACAUAGCUAGCGUUAGCAUUAGCAGAGAGCAAGAUGAUCCUGCUGAACUAAACCUGUCAGGAUCAGAAACAUGUUUAUUUUCUGCAGUACAAAAGACAACAGAAAAAUCUCAACGAAAAUACAUCAUCCCUGCAGCUCUGUAAAGCUGUGUCUCAGUUCAGGGGACAACAUAUCCCAAGAUUCAUAGCGCUCCUUACAGUCUAUGUCUAUUACAAAAAGGUGAACUCUGUAGACCAAACCGUCUCAUUUCUGUUCGGCAUUCGUGGUCUAUGUGGUUUCCCGAGGCCCCUGAAGGUCUCUGAAGGACGUGGCCCCUGAGUUGGGAAACAGCUUAUCGCACAUAAUCAGACAAACACGAUUUAAGUGCCACAAAGUUCUGGUGGGAUCCAAACCCUCUGCCUCUAAUGAAGCUCUCUGGAGCUUCUCAUGGUUUUCGUGCCACUGAUGUCUCUCUUUCUGUCUGUGUCGUCCAGAGCGGGGACAGCACUGUCUCAUGUAAGGUUGCCACGGUAACACGCCUAAAGUCCCCAAAAUAAAAAACGAUCUGGCAAGAAAAACCAAGUAACCAAGCAACGGUCAAGCAGCUUGUAUGGCUGCACCGCUGAGACUUACACCAGCCAGAUCUGGGUCACCCAUUCACCCAUUCACCCAUUCACCCAGUCUCACUGAGCGUCUAUAGGGUCUGAGAAAGAUCCUGGUACAACAGCGGGUUCUUUCUGGCGGUUAACGACAAGUCAGCAGGAGCUGGAGCCAGGAGACGCUUCAGUCCAAGCAUCUGUCUGAGGAGGACUUCAUGCUGCAUUCACGGCACGUCGGAACUAUCGGAAAAAAGAAAAAAGGAAAAGGAGCUGCUGACGGGGAUAAAAACAUGUCAGCAUCCUGGUGCUGAAUACAAAGAGGGAGAGGGAAAUGUCGGAGGAGCAGCAGUUCGGACAAAUGGGAUCAUGUAAAUGUCAAAGUGUUGUUGUUUUGUUGUUGUUGUUUUAAUGUUGAUCUGAACCAGGUCUGUUGUUUGUUAAAGGGACCAAACUGUGUCAGGUUAUACAGUGGGACGGCGGAGAAAAGACCUUGUCGAAAAUCUGUUUGAAAAUAGUUCAGAUGGAUUCAGAGGAUUUGAUGAGAUAUAAAUAUUUUCACUUGUCAGGUGUUUGAAAUGUAAGAGCAGAGAAACGUCAUGUAGCGACAGCUGCAAACCUUCAGGUCCAGAUGUUCUCUACACUGAGUCGACCAAACAUGACCCAUUUUCUGAAUCCUGUCGAGCUUCUGUUGCCCAAGUCUUAUAUAAUACUGUACGUACUGCCGUGUUUCCACAAGUAUUUACAGUAAAAGUUGACGAGGGGUCGUUCCCCUCUAGAAAAAACCUUUUCUGUCUUUGCUUCUUCUCUGUUUCUUUUGUUUAGAUGCUUUGGGUUCGUGCUCGUCCUCACAUUCACACUGGGAGCUGCACAGAACAGCUGCUGCUUUACAGUUCAGAGGACCAGUGUUUGUGUCGGUGUUCGUUUCAUGACGUUAACAAACAAAAGAAAAGUGACGUCCUGUUUAUCCAGAGUCGGAGAAAAUAUUAAACAUUUGUAUUAAAUUUUGUCAUAAUAAU